AUGGAGUCUUAUGGCCGAACUGCACUCUCCUGGGCAGCUGAGUAUGGUGCACUUGAUGCUUUGAAGCUACUUAUUGACCAUGGUGCAAAUAUAAAUGCCGAAGACAAAGAGUGGACAACGCCACUUGCAUGGGUAGCUCAUGCAGGCACAGGGGAUACACAGAAAGUGCAUGACUAUCUUAUAUCUAACGGCGCUAAGAUAGAAAUGCAUCACUCAUUUUUGGAAACAUUGAAGCAUUCGCUUGCUGCAAAGUGCAACUGGGCGCUGUUCAGACUGAACGCUAGAUUUUGA